AUGUCUUCUUCUUCUUCUUCAUCAGCCUCGUCUUCGUCUUCUUCUGAAGAUGGCAACGGCAAUGGCCAUGGCGCUAGACGUGGUGCGGGUGAUUUCGAAGGUCCUUCUUUGACUCGUCGACGUGGCAAUAACGAAAUCUGGCCUGGGCCUUUUGUUGAAGAUCUUGUUGUCAAAGUUGCCAUUGAUGCUUCUCGUUCUAUUGGCAGCCUUGCCGCUGCUGGUGCUAUUGCCAAUGUGUUUCAGGUUUGUUCCACUUGGCAAGCUGUCUCUCGGUCUGAUCCACUGUGGCACCGUCUCACAAGCGUCAUAUGGGGUCGUACCCACCGCAUGCACACCACGUGGCAUGAGGAAUACGUAUACCGUCAUCAAACGUCUCAGAAUUUUCGUCUUGGGAGAUCGGUUCACGUGACACUCCACUUCGAUCCAACCGGCGUGGACAUCCCCGACGGGCUGACCUGCCGUUGCCUUACCCUUUCCGAUACCCACCUUGCUUGUGGCUUCGCUGAUGGCACCGUUCGCCUCUUCGACCUCGCCACCCGCCUACACGUUGCUACCUUCCACCCCCAGCACGGGGACCGUUUUGGCCGUUUCUCACGCGCCGUAUCCGGCAUUAUCAUCACGGACCCCAGGAUUAUUUUCGCCACGCUGGAUGGAGACAUCUACGUGGCAAUCAUAGAAGGCCAGCACCAAGCGCGCAGGGCUCACAUUGGAAACAUCUUGGACGACGGUUCAUUGGUGGAUUUCACCGGCUGUGGGCGCUGGUGGGUGGGCCUUUACGCCGGGGUGCCCGGCCGUGCUAUCCACAUUUGGGAUGGCAACACUGAAGAGCUCGUUUAUGUAAACACAACUUUAACCGACCGAGAGUCCUUGAGGGGUUGGCACAUGUUGACUGAGUUGACCGAAGCCAUAGGCCGUGUCAGGGUGACGAGUGAGGAAUCGGCGGUUGCUUGUACGAGUAAUAAGUACGUGGUUUUAGACUUGAGAAACCCAGCGUUUCCAUUGCACGACAGGGAGAGUGCGAGAGGCUUUAUCGUGAAUUCCUUUGACACGAACAACGAGGCGUUCAUUAUUGUGGACAACCGUGGCAGGGCAAUCGUGCGACGGGCGGACACAUUAGAAGAGUUAUGUAGAUUCAACACACGGCAAGGGAACCUAAUGGGUUGCAUGAACUUGGGGUACGCACUGUUGUGCGCAGCGGGUGUAAUAAGGGUAUGGGGAAUAGAGCACGGGCAAUACUUGUAUAGCUUCGGUGAGAACAUAGGGGCCGUGAGCGCGAUGGCGGGAGAUGACCGGCAUGUUGCAGUGGCCAGCAGUAAUUCGACCAUCCACCUAUGGGAUUUUGGUGCACAGUAG